CUUCUCUUCAUUACCGGGUGCUGUUGUGCGCACUGCUGAACUUCGACAACUCCUUUCCCUCAAGGAACUCUAUAUGAAAAAGUGGGAUUGUACACUACUGCCAUAGGUGAUUUUAAGACAAAUACCACAGGCUCAUGGCUUUCUGAAGUUUAAUUGGAUCCGCGCUUUGUUUCCGAGUCAUCGUGGAGGAUUUUUGCGGCUUACAUUGGACAGAGAACGAGGAUCAGGUUGGCCGCUUUCUAAAUGAUUGGAAUCAACGUAGUUCUUUAAGGAUAACAUUGAACCGGCUCCAGGAUUCUCUCCCCUCCUCUGUGUGGAAACAGAGGGACCAUGCUGUGGGACAACCUGUGGUGGCUGCAGACCCUGUUGGCCCUGGCAGCAGGGGCGCUGCCCUCCCCCAAUGAGCCCCUCUCAGCCCCCCGAGUCUUCCUGUCCUUCAAAGAGCUCAAGUCCACUGGCACGGCUCACCAUUUCUCCUUCCUGCUCAACUCGACGGACUAUCGUAUCCUGCGGAUGGACGAGGACCACGACCGCAUGUACGUGGGCAGCAAGGACUACAUCCUGUCUCUGGACCUGCACGACAUCAACAAGGAGCCUCUCAUAAUCCACUGGCCCGUGGCCACGCAGAGGAGGACGGAGUGUGUGUUGUCCGGGAAGGACAUCAACGGGGAGUGUGGCAACUUCAUCCGCCUCAUCGAGCCGUGGAACCGCACCCACCUGUACGUGUGUGGGACCGGCGCUUACAACCCCGUCUGCACCUAUGUGGACCGAGGCCGCAGGUCCCAGGGCUCCCUCUACCUCCAGGCACCUCAGGCAGGAGGGAGGACCAGUCGGGCAGCAGACUUCAGCACCACAGCAGGGCCUCUGGAGUUAAAGGAGUACAUUUUUCGGUUGGAGCCGGGCAAAGUGGAUUCUGGGAAAGGGAAAUGCCCGUAUGACCCUAAGCUCAACAGUGUCUCGUCUUUGAUCAAUGGAGAGCUCUAUGCGGGGGUCUACAUUGACUUCAUGGGGACUGAUUCGGCCAUCUUCCGGACGCUGGGAAAGAAUACAGCCAUGAGGACAGACCAGUACAACUCUCGAUGGUUAAACGACCCCACAUUCAUCCACGCACACCUCAUCCCAGACAGUGCGGAAAAGAACGACGACAAGCUGUACUUCUUCUUCCGGGAGAAGGCGUCCGAGAUGGGCCAGAGCCCCAUGGCUCAGUCCAGGAUCGGCCGCAUCUGCCUGAAUGACGAUGGUGGUCACUGCUGCCUGGUCAACAAGUGGAGCACCUUCCUGAAGGCCCGGCUCAUCUGCUCCGUGCCCGGGGCGGACGGGAUCGAGACGCACUUCGACGAGCUCCGGGACGUGUACAUCCAGCCCACUCAGGACACCAAGAACCCGGUCAUCUAUGGAGUGUUCUCCGUUUCGGGCUCGGUGUUCAAGGGCUCUGCGGUGUGUGUCUACUCCAUGGCUGACAUCCGGCAGGUCUUCAACGGACCCUUCGCCCACAAGGAAGGUCCCAACUACCAGUGGGUGGCCUACACUGGGAAGAUCCCUUACCCUCGUCCCGGGACGUGUCCCGGAGGCACGUUCACCCCCAACAUGAAGUCUACUAAGGACUACCCCGACGAGGUCAUCAACUUCAUGAGGAACCACCCGACCAUGUACAACUCUGUGUACCCGGUGCACAAGCGCCCCCUGGUGGUGCGCACCAACGUGGACUACGAGUUCACCACCAUCACCGUGGACCAGGUGGCGGCCGCGGACGGGAGCUACGAGGUGCUGUUUCUGGGGACAGACCGCGGCACGGUGCAGAAGGUGAUCGUCCUGCCCAGAGACGACCUGCAGACUGAGGAGCUGGUCCUGGAGGAGGUGGAAGUGUUCAGGAUUCCGACCCCCAUCACCACCAUGAAGAUUUCCUCCAAGAGGCAACAGCUGUACGUGGGCUCCGUGCUGGGCGUCACCCACCUGGCCCUGCACCGCUGUGACGUGUACGGGGAGGCCUGCGCCGACUGCUGCCUGGCCAGAGACCCCUACUGCGCCUGGGACGGCAACUCCUGCUCACGCUACUCUGCCUCCCAGAAGAGAUCUGACCCCUCCAGGCGCAGCCGCCGGCAGGAUGUGAAGUACGGCAACCCAAUCCGCCAGUGCCGUGGCUACAACUCUAACGCCAAUAAGAACACCCUGGAGAUGGUUCAGUACGGGGUGGAGGGCAGCACCACCUUCCUGGAGUGCCAGGCGCGCUCCCCUCACGUGUCUCUCAAGUGGCACCUGCAGAGGGAGAACAGUGACAGGAGGAAGGAGAUCCGCUCGGAGGGCCGCCUGCUGAAGACGGAGCAGGGCCUGCUCCUGCGCUCCCUGCAGGCGUCCGACAGCGGCGUCUACCAGUGCACGUCCACCGAGAAGAACUUCAAGCACACCCUGGUCAAGCUGCAGCUGGUGGUGCUCUCCGGGCGCACCGUCAACAACGUGCUGGUGGAGACGGGCAGCCCCGCCCUGCCGCCCCUCCAGUCCAGCGCCUGGACGCCCAGCGCCGGCCAGUACAAGGACCUGCUGACCAUCCUGAGCCAGCCUGAGAUGGGCCUCAUCAACCAGUACUGCCAGGACUACUGGCAGCUGGGGGAGGCCUCCCCGGGGGUCAGCAAGGCCAAGGGACUGAAGGAGCUCAAGGAGCAGAAGAAGCCUCGCAACCGCCGGCAUCACGAUGAGCACACCACCCCGGUCGAUACAUGAGGGCCCCGCCCCCCCCGGGGACGGCCCCCUCUCACGCACCCCUCCUCUACAUCUCCUCUCCCCCCCCCCCCCCACCCUCUCUUGUAUCUGUCUCCCUCUCUGCACACCCUUACAUGGGAAAGACCUCCACACAGGAUUCGAAAACCCAAAGCUCAACACCCCCCCAAGAAACGCCAUCAGCAAACAGGUUCUUCUUAACUGUUGGAAAAGUUACACAGUAUUUAUUGUAGGUUGUACAUAGUAGGAUUCUGUGCAUUUCUUUGUACUUAACUAGGAACGUUUUUUUGUGAAUAGGUAAAUCUGUGCAAAUAUUGUUGUUAUUAUGAUAUUAUUGUCGUUAGUUGUAUUGUUUAUUACAAAUUGUGUUAUAUUACAAAUAUCUUUAUGCUUUGUUGUUUGGAGAAACAGCAGCACUUCAUAGAACAUGAAGAGAACUGAAAGUGUAUAUAUCAUGGACAUGGAUUUAUGGACAUGGACAUUGGAGGACUGAUGUCGAUUCUUUAAGAAAGGUUAUAGUGCACUGGCUGUAUGUUGGAUCAACUUCAACUGUUGGUGGUGACCAGCCUCUGAUAUGGAACACUAUCCAGGACCUUCAGAAUGAACAGCUGACUCUAUUAAGGGACACAGCCAAUGGACUCUUAAGAUAAGGCAUUUUAAUGAAUGCAGAGAAAGGGAAAGCCCACAGACUGCAGCUUUGAGUAUAUUCAUUGGCCACACCUGUGUGAUGGGAGGUGCCGUAGGGUUAGCUGACCAAUGGGUUUGAAAAGACCCAGAACCUCGUCGUUCUUCCACAGACUGCUGAAGGAGGCUUCCAUCCUUUUCUCCUUGAGCCCCCCCCCCUUCCUGCUACAUCUACAAUACCUGCCAAGUCUCUUCCAAAGUAGUUACUGUGGGGUGUUGUUUUGUUUAUGUGUAAUUAUUACAUCUCAAUGUUGUAUCCUUGAGAAUGUGAUGCUUAGAAAAGCUGUUUUGAGGGAAAAGAGCCUGUUGUUGUCCACACUAAAACUGAGAAUCUCCAGCAAGCAGCUAUGUAAGUUUUCACAAUUUGUUUGUGCACAAGAGACCCACAGAGCAUCAUCCACUACCUGAAUUGGUCGUUGGUGAAUAAUACGUAACAUUUGUUGGUAUUUGUGGCAUAUACUUCACAUCCAACGCAUGUAUUGUGUUUUUGUCUAUGGGAGAGUAUAAUAACUUGUCAAAUGUAUUUUUUGCUUCCAAACUGAUCCGAACAGAACUAUACAGUUAUAGUUUGCAUUCCACUAGAUGCCCAUAUUGCCAUAACUUCAGGUCAGCAACAUAAGUGUCUGAGGACGAUGGUGAAAUGAUAUCACAAGUCAACAUCAACACUGUUGGGAGUUGUCCAAGUUGACGAGUGUCUGAAGACACUUAAAGGAGCGGGAUUGUUUGAUUCGCAAGCUUGUGGUCCCGGACCACGGGAGAGUGUCCAGGGUCAGCGCUGGUGUGACCGGUCGCCCGUGGGUCAGAUGUGGUGCCGUCCCCCUGCCAAGGUUGGGUGGAGCCUGGGGGGAAGCGGAGAGAGCAGAACGCAGGCUUGCCAUGUAGACGUACCGGAGGAAGAGUGGAAGAUUGUAGUGUGUAGCCGUGAGUUGUCGCUGAUUCAAGUGGAUUUUGAGCAGCUGUCGUCAGUCUUCCUGAGCAAACGCACGCUAAGCUCCAUUUAGGGGAGAAUGGGGCUCUUUGGUGUCCGGUGUAUUACCUGAGCUGUUUAUUCAGCGCUGCUUGAUCAGGUGGUGCUGAUGGCAUCUUCCCAAAACACAUCGAGACGUUUAAUAUGCCACAGAUCUUUCCUCCGACAACUCUGCUUCCAAACGGAACGUUUUGUACAUAAUUAAAACCACUAGGAUGUCUGAACACAUCGAAACACAGAAAAACACAUGCCAAAAUCUUGGGAUGGUGGCUUUUCAUUGUGUGCAUGAAAUGUAUAUGUAACGUAUAUGAUAUUAGUCCAAAAAUGCUAUGUUGUUGUGGAUGUCAGUGGACGUCUCUCUCUCUGUGGGAACGUGGGGAUAGUGUCAGGGGAAGGCAGGAAAGACAGGUUCACCCUUAUGGUGGAAUACAUAACAAAGAAAUGGGUUUUAGACCUACCUCUCUUCCUCUCUCUCUAUUUCUCUCUUUCCCUCUCCCUCUGUAAAAUCUAUCGGUUUAUUUCCAACAUUUGCAUCGUUUUUUCUUCUGUAAUCUUAGCCUGUGGGGUUUAAAAGGAAAGGUUACAUAGGGUAUAAUGCACAUUUGAUGUUAUUGUAAUGACUUCUAUAAAUGAGUACCGUAUCUCUCCUUUCUCAUCGAUGUUGCUGACUAAUAAAUUAAAGCUCUAUAUUUUAUAAA